GUAGUUUGAUAUAAUAAAAUUGUUAUCAAUGCGUGAAUAUCAUGGUGGAAUACGUGCAGUGAAAGUAUUUAUUUACAAAAAAGUAUUGAAGAAACCACUACAAUGGACUGGAAAAGUGCAAAAUUUCUUUUAGCGUCUACAGCUACAGUUGUUGUUGCUUCCCAAGUGGCCAAAAAGUUGUGUAAAUAUUUGUUUAACUUUACAAAAAGUUCUCAACCAGAGUCUGUAAACGAGGAAACGUGUAAUGAUGUGGUGAACAUUAGAAAUCGAGAAAUAAAUGACGUGAUAUUAUUUUCGGAUGACGUUAUUCGCCAUACCAUAAAAGUCCCACCAAAUAAAGACGUAACAAUAUGUGAAAGUAGAGAGCUGAACUGUUUCAAGUUAAUAAAGUACAUCAAAUCAGCGCGUGAAACCUUGGACGUUUGUAUGUAUCUUAUUACAAGUUCUGAAAUCGCUGAACAAUUGAUAAGGUUGGGACAAAGACAUGUGUUGAUUCGAAUUGUUGUUGAUAGUGACAUGGCUUUUACUGCACCAUCUCAAAUAAAGAAGCUCAAGGAAUACAGUUUUAUUCAGGUGCAAACAAAUAAAAAGUCAAUUCUGAUGCACCAUAAAUUCUGCAUAGUAGACGGCCCGAAGGCUGUCAAGCGAAGAAACAUAUUAAAAGCCUAUGCGGAAAAGCUAAACAUUCAUCCACAAGUCACAAAACAUAGCGCACAACAGACGAAAAUCAGACCGUCUAGAGGGUUUGUCAUGUCUGGGUCGUUAAAUUGGUCCACCCAAGCCAUGGUUUCGAACCAUGAGAGCGUUAUUGUAACUUCACAUCCUAACAUUGUCAAUAAAUUUGAAAAAGAGUUCGAAAGCUUAUGGGUAGAAGAUGAACCAGCUUAUCUUUCAACGCUAUGACCUUAAAGAAAAUGAUGAUAUUAAAGCAACUUAGUUAAUAAUAAACAUUCAAAAAUAUUUUACGUUGAAUGCACCAAUGAUGCAACGCCACAUGUGCAAGUGUUUUAGUGCAACAAAUUGUCAAUGUGUUCAUCAGCGUAAAAUGACCAAAAGUGACAACUUUAUAACGUGAAAUAUAAAUUAAAUUGUGUGAAGUUGCUGGCAUAUUAUUUUGCUGAAGAAUAAGUGUGUUUGAAAAAGUGCGCUUUUUGGAUGCAGUGUUUGUAAAUAGAUGGCGUUGUUAUCAUUGCUGAGCAAGUGAGGAAGAAGUUCCGCUACUCGCCGCUAGGUGGCGCUGGUCAUUCUCUACCGUAUACCUACCUUACUGAAGAGAGCUGUUAACAAUCACUUUCAGCAAUGAUACAACGUCCGUGCAGAUUUUACCUGUAUUCUAUUGGCUUCGUUUCCACUGUGGUCUAAAAAUCCCAAUGGUCUUCGUGUUACAAACAAAUUUAUAUGUACUAUUGCUAUUAUUGUCAUCCUAAUACACGACGAAUGCUACGCGAACUGCAGAAAAGAACUGAUCACUAGAACAUUUUUAUUAUUUACGUUUAACUUGUCUACUAUGUGAUAGUGCUUUGCUGCAAUUUCGUGCAUUCCUAGGAGAAUAAUUGAUCUGUAACCCGGAGUACUCGACUUUAGUAACUUUUGUUCGAUUUAUCUUAUAUCUUGAUAAGGCCUCGCGAGGAAAAAGAAAGAAUGCUUCUUUAUAUUCUAAGUUCGUUGACUUAUUGUUUGAUCUUCUCAACAUUUUUCCUUUUUCCUCCGAGUCCCGCAAUUCACGCGUUAAUUAUAGUUUUUUAAGAACAAGUAUUUGUGUUGUCGAUGUUGUUGUUGUUUUUUUUUGAAUAUUGACUAACAAAUACUAAACAAUUUAAAGCAUGACUUUUAAUUUUUACGGUACAACCCGCGAGCGUGCAUGACGGUCAAUUUUUAACUGUUAAUUCUUGAUUUUAUAUUUUUAAGUUAAAUUAGACGCUGCUACAUUGACAUGCCUAUUUUUAAAUGUAUUUUUUUUUAAUUAUAAAUAUCAUGUUAAUUAUUGUAAAGUUAAUGAUUGAAAUGAAAUGUUUACUUCAACAAUAUAAGAAAUGCCCGAACCAGAGUUUAUCGAUAUAGAGAUCAAUAAAUUUAAAAUUGUCGUUUCGCCUUGCAUCAUAAAACUUGAUUUUAGGUUGUAUCCAACUAGUGCUUAAAUUCGAGUUUUGGUUCUUGCAUGGCAAUACCCGGGUGGAUUGCAUACUAGUUUUUUAUACGAUGAAAAAUUUUGAUUAUGCGGUCUGUUAAUUUCAAUUUCUUAUUAGCAAAAUUUUAAUAUAUUGUCAUUUUAUAGUAUUCAAUAAACGUUCUCUCAAUCUCA